GCCUCUAUUCGACCUGGAUCGGAGGAUCAAUUUUGGCUAGUCUGGAUACAUUCCGAAAACUAUGGGUCAGCAAGAAGGAAUAUGAAGAUGAGGGCAAGAAAAUUCUUCAUAGAAAAUUCUUUUAAUAAAUUUCCUGUUAUUUUUUUCCGCAAGUCGAAGAACUCGGUAUUUCAAAUCUCAAUGGUUCUGUUUCCCGAAUUAGUUUAA